UCACAGAACUAAUGGAUUUUAAAUAAUCUAGGAAGGCCAUUGACAAAAAUCUGGAAUAUGCAUUGUAACUAUGAGCCCAAAUCCAUAUCUAUUGUUGCAGGCAGUCCUGUUUCCCCGGUGGAGGGAUGUGACUCUCAGAAGACCAGAGAAACAGGCUACUGUUACUGCCCUCACUCCAUCCUUCCUGGCAAGUUCAAGAGUGUUUGAGGACAAACUUCUUCCCUCACCUGGACUCACCUCUUCGAUGUCUGGACCUCCCUCAGGGCCAACGCCAAACUCCACCACUGUAACCCAGUUCCUCUUCGAAGGGUUCUCCAGUUUUGGAUGGCCGCACAGGCUGGUCUUCUUUGCCAUCUUUCUGAGUUUGCACCUUCUGACUCUGUCCAGCAAUGUCAUCAUAGUGACUGUUAUUCAUCUGGACCGUCACCUGCACACGCCCAUGUACUUCUUCCUGAGCAUGUUGUCCCUCUCUGAGACCUGCUACACUGUGGCCAUCAUCCCCCAGAUGCUUUCGGGCCUCCUGAGUCCCCACCAGCCCAUCACUGUCCAAGUCUGUGCCACUCAGCUCUUCUUCUAUCUCACCUUUGGCAUCAACAACUGCUUCCUGCUCACAGCCAUGGGGUAUGACCGCUAUGUGGCCAUCUGCAACCCCCUGCGGUAUUCAGUCAUCAUGAGUAAAGAGGCCUGUGUUCAGUUAGCAAGUGGUUCCCUGGGAAUUGGCCUGGGCAUGGCCAUUGUCCAGGUAACAUCUGUGUUUGGCUUGCCCUUCUGUGAUGCCUUUGUCAUCUCUCACUUCUUCUGUGACGUGAGGCCCCUGCUGAAGCUGGCCUGUGCAGACACUACUGUCAACGAGAUCAUCAACUUUGUCGUCAGCAUCUGUGUCCUGGUUCUGCCCAUGGGCCUGGUCUUCAUCUCCUACAUCCUCAUCAUCUCCACCAUCCUCAAGAUCCCCUCCGCCCAGGGCCGGAAGAAGGCCUUUGCCACCUGCGCCUCCCACCUCACGGUGGUCAUUGUCCACUAUGGCUGUGCCUCCAUCAUUUACCUCAAGCCCAAGUCCCAGAGUUCCCUGGGGCAGGACAGACUCAUCUCUGUGACCUACACCGUCCUCACCCCCCUGCUGAACCCUGUCGUGUACAGCCUGAGGAACAAGGAGGUCAAAGAUGCUCUGUGCAGAGCCAUGGGGCAGAAGCCCCUUUCCUCUUAACCAGGAUAGAUCAUUGAAGGCUUCUAUUUGAUUUUGUAAAUAGGUAUUAAUUUUAAUGCUGCUUCAAAAAUACCUUUAACAUGGGAUCAGAAGGGUGCUGGGGUGGUUUACUUGGUUAACAGCUUGACUUCGGCUCAGGUUAUGAUCCACAGCUCCUAAGAUCAAGCCCUGCUUUGGGCUC